AUGGCCACAAUCGAGAAGGCGGCUCGAUUGGGACGACUCCAUGCUUCUAGGCUCGAAUACUUCAGUGCAGAGGACUGGCGUGAGAUGUUGGAGGUCUCUACACACGGUGGUUUAGCAAGGGGUUGCUUGUGGCUACGUCGACGGCGGUCGGCGCUCUGCGGUGCUCAAAUCCGAGAAAGAGAGAGGGAAAGAAUGAGAUGCAAGAAAAGGAUAGGUCUAGGGGGUCUUGCUCAUCUCGUGGGUGAGGAGGUGGAUGCUGGGGAGCUGCUAGUGCACGCUCUGCCAUCGCGUCGUUCUCCUAGCGAGGGUCAGAUGAUGGACGUGAGGGGCUUGAGAUUGGGUUAUUUCUUGGUCCUAUGCCUUGUGCCUUUCUUGCGCCAUGCUGUGGCUAUUCGCUUUGUGAUGGACAGGGGAGAGUGCUUCUCUCACAAUGUUGAUUAUGAAGGGGAUACAGUUCAUGUAUCAUUUGUUGUGAUCAAGGCAGACACUCCUUGGCACUACAGCGAGGAUGGUGUCGAUCUCGUGGUGAAAGACCCUAAUGGCAAUCAAGUCCAUGAUUCUCGUGCCAAGGUUAGUGAUAAGUUCGAAUUCAUAGUUCAGAAGAGAGGUGUCCACCGUUUCUGCUUCACCAAUAAGUCCCCGUAUCAUGAAACUGUGGACUUUGAUGUGCAUGUUGGUCAUUUUUCAUAUUUUGACCAGCAUGCCAAAGAUGAGCAUUUUGGUCCUUUGUUUGAACAAAUAAGAAAGUUGGAUGAAGAUCUGUACAACGUUCUGUUUGAACAGCACUGGCUAACUGCCCAAACAGACCGCCAAGCAAUAUUAAACGAGAACAUGAGCACGAGGGCUAUUCACAAGGCACUCCUCGAAUCAGCUGCCCUUAUCGCAGCCAGUGCUGUGCAGGUCUACUUGCUGCGACGCCUCUUCGAGCGUAAGCUGGGUACAUCUAGGGUCUAAUUUCUACCUCUAGCUCUCCUCAUACUCACCAACCCGACUGGACUUCAUUACUACAGUGUGUGGUUUCAGGAUGUUCUACACCCUGUUCAGAUAUUCAUGAGUUUUUUUCUUUGAGGAUUUUGUAAUUUGGGUGACACAGUAUGGUGCAGCAUUAGAGUGCCUUCUGUGAUCCUAGUUGACCUCCUGAGUUUCAGUUCA